CGAGAAUCGCUCUACUUCUUCUACAAAGACUUUCAGGUCGACCCUAGUGUGCCUAUUAUGCCAGGAAAAACGUCAUGGAGAGAAGAAUACCAGAGGCUAAUAGAAGGAACUCCCGUCGUUGAGACCGAGGAAAUCCACGAACACAAUCACCAAGUCCUCCACGUCUCCUUCUCACACAAGGGAGAUAUGUUUGCAACGUCGUCUAAAGAUGGAUACAUCAUUGUUUGGGGAAGCAGUUACCCAGCUGAAGUCAAAUAUUAUAGAGACAUGAAACUCCACUCAUGGAAGUACACUCAAUUCUCUCAGUUCAAUAGUACAGACACUCUGCUUUUAGUGUCAGGAGUUCAUUUUGGGAGUUGCAGCAGUACGUCGGGGGAAAUCGCUGUCUUCAACUUGGAGAGAGACUUUCAGCUGCAAUGCAGAGUACUUAAUAAGCCAUAUGACAUUUUCGGUACUUGGUAUAACGACCAAUAUCUCCUGUCCGGGGAGCUGCAUUGGCUGGCUCAUCUGGUUAGUACAAGUGUUAUUUGGUUGAAUAAAGCCAAGCAAGAGAACAGUUCCGAACACCAAGCCAUCAUCAGUCGCCUGUACAAGUUCUACAAUAGAAAUGCCUCAAGCGUUCGCACAAUUUUAGUGGCAAAUUGCCUCAUACCUGACACGCCCAAGGAAUCUUCCGAAGCUCCCGAGAGAAGUGAAAACAAGCAGCAGAGAGUGCCAGAGGUUAUGGAGAGAGGCAACCCACCUUCUCAUCGGGAGCUGAGCGUGCACCAGGUGUCCAUAACGGAGGAGCAGAGCCACAGGCCUUCCAAUUCACAGAGACCGGUCUAUACGAGUCCUAUCACUUACACCAAGGACUACAGAGAGUCUGAAACGGUGAUUGGACAACACAUAGCAAGCAGUAGCAGUAACCCAUCAGUAGCCUUACAGCCGUCUAAUUCAACAGAAUCUCUAGGUCAUGAGGACAUGGAAGUGGAGCGACCCAAAAAUACUUCAAGCGAAGAGGAUGGAAUGCUCGAAUGGGCAGAAGAUGGGGAGUUCUCUCCACCAAUGUCUUUAGCCGAGGACAGGGACAAAUUUCUGAUUUUCACCACAGGUUCUAAAACGUAUUCGCCGCAUCAGAUAGGUUUCAAGAGGAUAAAAAAGUUUUCAAUACCCACCAUUUUGGACAUUGGGCCUGGGCUACGGGAAAGGAUACAAGCGCGGGAACUGGAGAGAGAACUUAGAAAUUUAGGUUUUCCAGAGCCAAAAUGGCUAGACUACGAAUCUGUAGCAGACAAAUUUGACACCAUUGAUCACCUGAUUGACCUGAAUGGACACAUCAUUGGCAUGGGCCUCUCGCCAGACCACAGGUACUUGUAUGUCAACAGUAGACCGUGGCAAGCAAACUGUGUGAUUGAAAACCCCUUAAAUCCUCCUCGAAUUGCGGAAGGAAUUGAUUUGCAUGUAAUAGAUCUCACCACAUUAACAGAGGUUGGAACAAUGCUGCGAUCUCACAAAGCAUACACUCCAAAUGAUGAGUGCUUCUUCAUAUUCCUAGAUGUCUCUCAUCUUUAUGUGGCCAGUGGAGCAGAGGACAGACAUGGCUAUGUUUGGGAACGGCACUAUGGAGUGUGCUUGUCACGCCUGCCUCACAAAGACGUUGUUAACGCUGUUGCCUUUAAUCCGAGAGAUCCAGAAAUGCUUGUAACUGUUAGUGAUGACAACAAGAUCAAGGUUUGGAGGUCACGAAGGAGAGCAAGAGAAUUGGGUGUUAACUUAGAUGAAGUGCGGAUGGCAAGGGAGCUUCGCAUAAGUCACCCUAGACCUGAUCAGCCACUACAACCUGCUGAGGCGCCCAUAAGCCCGGAGAAAGUGAGCAGUCCGCACACUUACUUUGUAACGCAGUGAACUAUACAGUAAUUCCUAACCAUGUCUGGUUUGGAAGAACAGAUGUUUUCUACCCGCAUUGUGGCAUGCUUCGUAGAAGGAGAUUCGGUCCUGGCCAGCAUUGCAUCAUAGUUGACCUGUUUCUGUCUAGACUUACGUAAUAGGUGAACCAUAUCUGACUGCCUGUAGGAUUUAGACGCUUGGCUGAUCUCCUUGAAAGAUAACUACCCUUGCUAGGAAAGACCUUCAAACAGAAAUAUAUAUAUAUAGUUAUACAAGAAUUUAAAGCUUUAUAUAUAAAUAGGUUGAUGUAUUUAAAAUUUAAAAAGCAAAAAGAAUUGGCUUUUACGGCAGAUCCUUAGUGAAUUUAUGUUUUUGUUAUAAAGUGAAUAGUAUGUUUUUGUGAUAUAAAUAUACUCUGUUAUGUUACUGCAAUGAUGAGUUUUUUAUGUAAAUAAGCUUGUUAUCAAUUUCUUAUUCUCUUUUUAAUCAUUCAAGUAUAUUCAGAGUGAAUGUAAAUUUUGUAUUAAUUAUUAGGUGUGCUGUGAUAUUCUAUUCAACUCUUAUGGCUAUGCAGUCUGAAAUUUUGAUAUCCAUUUCAUAUGGCUGUAAACAGUAAGAGCACAUUGUAAAUAAUUUCAUAUUUUUUUAAUGUUAUUAUUGGCAGUCCAGCUACCAUGGGAAGACACCGUGACACUACUCAGCAAACCAUGUCGAUGAAGUCAAACAAAUUAAGAAAAUAAAUGGUCUUCUUCCGUC